AUGAAUCCAUGGUUUGGUCCACAUCCAACUGAUUUAAUUCGAUUAGGAGCAAAAUAUACUCCAUGUAUUCGUCGACAUGAUGAAGUUAAAAGUCGUUAUGAUAAACAAGCAAGAUUAGAAGAUAUAUCUGGUUCCCAGUCACGAUCAGGUUUAACAUGGUAUCGAACACCAGAAAUAAAUGAAGAACAAAAAAAUGCUUAUGUACAAAGUCUCAUUCUCAAAUUAAUAUUGGAUUAUAAUGGAGCUGGUGGUAAUGUUGAUCCAAUGAAAGCUGAUGGUGAUCGUAUUGUCUAUACUUAUGAAGGUGAUGAUGACAAGAACGAUGAUGAUAGCAAAGAAGAUGAUGAUGAUGAUAAUGUUCAUCUUAAUAAUAUUCAACCAAAUGAUACAACACCAUCAACAACUGCAUUAAAUAUUAAAUUUAUAUCAAAAAUGUUUUAUAAUUUUGUUAAUUAUAUAACAUCAUUUGGUCAAAAUGUUCCAGGUACACCAGAACAAUUUGUUCAAACAUGGUUUAAUUAUUUUCAUGAACGUAUUAAUGAAAAUCCAAAUUUUUGGAAAGAAGAAAAAAUAAUUCUCAACGAUUAA